AUGAAUGGCAACAAUCAAAAUGAUAUUGAAAAUAUUGAAUUAGAAAAAAAGAAUCUAGUAUUUAUAUUGGAGAUAGCAAAAUCAUAUAGUAUAUCAACAACUAAAUUAAAGAAAAUGGAAAUUAUUGAAAAGAUAAAAGCAGUAGCUAAAAGGAAAAGAAAAUAUGAAGAAGAAAAAAAGCAAAAAGCAAAUGUAAAUUCAUUCAAUAAAAUUAUUAAAUUAACAAUUGUAGAUAAUAUUGAACCAAUUGAAAUAUUAUUUUGGAAAGUGUUUAGAAAUAAAACAAUUUAUAGAAAUAUAUUCUCAUUUAUGGAUCAACGAUUUUCAUUAAGCUAUGACUCAAUUUCAUCAAUACCAAAUCUUAUAAUUUCAAAUCAAUUUAGUAUAUUAAAAGAAAAAGUUUAUAGAAAUUGUAGAUAUUUACAAUUUGAUUUAAAGAGUGGUCACCAUUUGGGAAUUAUUAUUUUUAAACGAUUAUUUGAAAAUAUUAAAGAUGAUUAUAAAUUCUAUAGAAUCUUUUUUAAAAAUGAUAAUCAUUAUGAAUUUCAAGACAGUAUACCAUUUGCAUUAAUUUUUUCAAAGAAUUUACAAAUAUAUAAAUUGUAUAUCAAAGAAUUCAAUAAUGAACCAACAAAAUUAGAUCUUUUAUUUUCAAUUAUAUCUGGUUCAAAUAAAUUCAUUAAAUAUCUAUUUGAAUUAAAUCCAGACUUAUAUUCUAAAUUUUUAGUAAAAAAUAUCUUUACCAAUAUGCUUUUAGAGGGCCUUCACAACCAAAUCAAUUUAUCAAGAAAAGAAAUUUUUAAUUGUAUUAAAAAUGUUGAUAUUUUCAAAGGAUUACUCUGUUAUUUAACUAUCAUUAACAAUAAUAAUGAUGAUGAUUUCAGUUGUAGUUUAAAUUAUAAUGAAUUAAUAAAUAAUGAUGAUGAUGAUGAUGAUGAAGUAACAACAUCAAAAGAAUCAUUUAAAUCAGUUUCAACAAUUGAAGAAAUUGAAAAUUUUAAAGAAAAAGUUGGUAAAGAAAGAUUAAAAUCAAUUUUAGAAGAUCCAAUUAAUUAA